GUUGAUCCGUUAGAGUUACAUGUGAAUGUGUAGUUAUGUAAAAUAUUCCUUGGUUGUAUUAUUAGCGAGUUAGUUCUUGUCAUACUAGAAAGAUGGCACGUGGAAGCGGCCGGGACUGAGUCCCGCGUGUUGUCUCAUUCGUUGCAGCUCCCCACACACUCAGUUCCUCGAGUUCCAGUAAUCGGAGUAGUCGUCGUGACGAUUACGCUCCAGCAGCCGCAGCCUUUUGAAAAGAAAUCACCAUUGAACAGCUUCGCAGCCGAGGAGCGGGAGACGCGUUCUAGUUUUUGCUCCAGGGUUUUACUGUAGCCAAGACUUCAAGUCUACGGACCACUAACUUAGUUCCAGCUGUAAACGAGGCAAAAACAGAAUCAGUCGUUGUACUAAGACUUUCUCUAGCGCAAUUUACUCGCCACAUCAAAAAGAAAAAUACACGCCGUCUACAAGCAGCAACCACUGUCUUCGCGCCGUAGUUUUUGCUUUUCCACGUAUGCUGCACUUCUGGUCGCGGCCUUAGGUGCGUGUUAGCAUCUGUGCUGUUUGAAAACAAAACAUCUUUCUGCUGGUUCUCGCGGAAACGAAAAGAGCAACGAAACUUCGAUUCCAGGAGCUUGGAUGAACUACAUUGCUCGAUCUUGCCUGUUGAUGUUAGUACAUUAAAAAUAGUAGAGCGCUACUAGGAAUAUCUACUACGUACAGCGAGAUUUCUCUCAAGAACGGUUUCCGAAAUAUCUCGAGUUUGUGGUGCUGUGUCGGGCGUAAUCAACAGAGUAAAUCGAAGGAAAAAGCCGAGCGGUUCUGAUACGUCGCAAAACACUCUACUUUUCGAAACCAAGCUGCUGCAUGUAGAAGGUUGGUACGAGGCAAAACUAACAAAUGUAGGUCAGCACCGGACCACGAGACACUACUUCGAAGAUAGCACAGACAUAAGACUACGUUCCUGUAGCAGCCUCCCGUUAUUUGUUGCCGACGCAGAGCAACGGCUGUGCUUCGGAGAAACAGGAGGACCAGAAGACCAUUUGUACUAGUUGGAGACGUCGCUCUCAACUCGGAACUGGAAGCCGUGUUUGCAGGAGAACACUUUUUGUAAGAACAGCAUGAAUUCCAGCGACUAGUACUACCACACAAGUAUCAAGUAAGUUACUUACUUAGUAGAUGAUAAAGUCUAGUAAAGCAGCCUCAAGACGCGAGGACCCUGUGGGCCAGUGACAAGUAACAGUAGCAGCAGGUCGUACUACUUGGAUAGAUAUCGGAGACAGCGUAAACAAGUAGUCCGUAUUGGCGAAGCAACCAGAGCUGCCCUAAUAGGAACAUUUGCCUCAUUCGGUAUCGCGUGGGACGAAACCACUGACGAAAGCAACAACUCGAAGGGGAUUCGAGGCGGAGCCACACCAUUGACUUUGAUCCGCGGUACUUCUUAGGUUUUACUUCUCCUUGGGUUCUCUCUGCCGCUUCUCCUCUACAGCCAAGACUUCAUUUUGACUACAACACCAAUUAGGCGUUAUUCAAGCUUCUCUUCCAGAAGAACGAGUAGCGCGAGUACGAUUUUUUUUACGACAAGCUGCUGUACCGGACGACGAAGACUUUUACUAGUACGUACCACGUUGCCGUCUUGCGGAGGAGGUUUUUCAGGGUUAUAAUACACGAGCUGGCCAUCAUCUCGCGGGCAGAGCGGUGAAAAAUGGGAGAGAAAGCACGUCCCGGAGAACACAGCUAUGAGCGGCUUCGUGAGGUUAUGCCGUGCGCUGAGCACGAGAAUGAGUUCUGGAUUCGCGACGUUACGAGAUAUCAAGACGGCGAAAAGAUUCGGUCGGAGCCCUUUCAAAUUGGGAGCUUCAGGUAGAAGUGAGGAAAUGAAAAUUAUCAAUCACAAAAUAAAGAAAAGCGACGACUAUUUUCAAUUUUAUUUUUUGCAAGAGAUAUUCUCGAAGAACCACGGAGGACGCGGAGACUACUUAUCCACCGCAUUACUUUGUGGCUGAUCCUCACAUAGUAGAUGUUGUCCAAAAAAGUCUCAUCUUCAAACAUUCACUUUUUUUCAUAACUCCUGGAACAACUGCUCAAUCCUCUAGGUAUCGGCUGUUAAUCUUUCCUUUUGGCACUGGGAACUCCCGAGGACCACCUACUUUUGCUGGCUUCGUAGAGGCAGAUCCGCCUCCAACGGUCGACCAGGAAAGAUGGAUGUACCACGGUGUCAGGUACUCACACUUUGAAAAACAGAAAACGACUCCAAUCUGUGUGCAUUAUGAUGGAGACGACGUUGAACUCUACGAUUUCGAUAUAAACUUACUCACUUUCUUAUUUGACUUAUUUUGAGUAUCAUUUGUCACUGUGAACAAGUUAUCUUGAGCAACGUACUGAUAUUUGAGACGCAGGGAGAAUAGAGACUAACGCGGUCAUUUCUUAACCGAUUUACAGGUAUUCGAUAACGCUGAUUAACCAGCUGGAUUACAAUGAUUCUGUCCAUAAAAGCGACACCUGGACAUUUAGCAAAAGGGAAAUCGAUCGAGGAUGGCACGCUUUUAUCUCAUCAAAAGACCUAUGCGACCCCAGCAAGGGAUGGAUCAACAACGAGGAGGACAGGGCGGUAUGAUACUUAUUCUGUGUGUAAGUAUGAAAAUGAAGAUCAAGAUUUCUUGUUCAACUCAUCAAAUUCUAGCAUCGAGUUUAUCGUUUACGUUUACCUUAAAUGUGACGAGAAUAUCCGAAAAAAUUACAGUGCGUCAUGCGUGUCCAGUGUUAUUGCCGAAAUUCUGAAACUUUGUCGACGAUAGGGGGUGACUACGAUUCCAAGAAGGAAACGGGCUUUAUAGGACUGAAAAAUCAUGGCGCGACAUGUUACCUCAACUGCCUGCUUCAGACGCUGUUUCACAUCGGGAAGUUCAGAAAGCUGGUACAACAACUAUCGAUUUUUAUUGUUGAAAUUAUACAUAUAGGUAGUCGUAGAGGAUUUUUGAAAGUAAUCUCACCGGACGAGAUCGUCUUCUUUCUCGUGUUCUCUGGCCACGAACAAAACUUUUGCUCUUGCUCAUCAUUCUCCUACAAAGAGCGGCUCAAAUCCUUGAUCUACGUCAACAUUCGCCGUAGGUGUAUGAAGCCGACACGAGCGAGCAGGAGCCUGCAGCACCGCAAGGCGGUGAUAAGAAAGCAGCAGCAGUCGCCUCGUCAUCUAGUCACCAGGCUCCACAGCCUCCAAAUCUUCUCAAAGCCCUGCAGAAUAGCUUCUACGCGUACUUGCUCAUUUUCCUAAGAUUAACGAUCAUCAUCUUAACAGAAACAGUGGUCCAAAUCCAACUAGUGCUAGUGGUGGCAUCAAUAUGAUUUCCCUCUACUUGUACCACAAGUUAGUGUAGAUGCUGGAGUACUAGAUAAAAAUCAAAGUUGUCAAGAAGAUCAAUAAUGGGUAGUACGAAUAUGCCUACAGCAGCUCCUACAUUGCCAGCAUGAUUUUGAAUGUUUUCUCGUAUCACAAACAUGAUAAUAAGAAUAUUCUGACAUCUUCAGCUUGCAGACCUCAUCGCAGGCGGGAAACUGUAGGGAAUUGAUGCGCUCCUUCGGCUGGGAAAGCGUAGAUGCCUUCACACAGCAUGACUAUCAGGAGCUGAACAGAAUUUUGCUGGAUAAGGUAGAGGAGAGGCUAAAGUCAAGCCCAAAACUAGACGGGGAGAUUAAGAAAAUGUUCGCGGGAGAACAGGAGUCCUACAUAGAGUGCACAGACGUGGACUACGCAUCCAAAAAACUGGAGCCAUUCUACGACAUAAAUCUCAACCUGAAGACAGACGACGGAUCGUAUUCGACAUAAUAUUAAGAAUAGAUUGUAGUUCCUGACGUUCUUGAUGUUGAUGGUGAUGUUGAUUUUCAAUUUUGGGUGUUGGUGAUUCAUCUUUCUCCUACCUUUUGAAAUUGAUUGCACAGGAGGCUUUUCAUGAAGAGUAUGUAACGAUUGUAUCAAAAAUGAAAAUCUACAUUUUCGAAUGAGGAACAAUUCAUCUCCCCCUCUUGUUCCAUCAGGUGGGUGAAUAGUUUGGAGGAUGCGUUCCGGGAUUAUGUGAAGGAGGAGAUUAUGGAGGGCGACAAUGCCUAUGACGCCAGCGAUGGCGGCUUCGGCAAGCAGAGGGCGAAGAAGGGAAUCCGCUUCAAGUCACUUCCACUCAUUUUCAACAUCCUGUUGAAGCGAUUCAUCUUCGACCUGGAAACGCUAGACACGAUCAAGACCAAUAACGAGAUGCGGUUUCCGAAACGCAUAGACUUGUCAGAAUACAUCCCAGGGAAUGAGCCAGCCAUAUAUACCUUGUUUGGCGUCACGGUGCAGACGGGAACUGUGAGCAGUGGGCACUAUUACUGUUUCCUCAGGCCAUGGAUGGAAGAAGAAAACGAAGUCGGAAUAACAAACUGGAUCCGAUUCGACGACGAACAGAUCACGCGUGUUACAGAGUACCACUUACUUUUAUGAUGUCCUCUUCAACAUGCACUACUUCGUCCUGUACAUAAUUGAAUAAGUAAUCGUAAACGAAUGCUAGAAGAAAGGCCAAAUAACACGUACUUGCUUAUGCUUUGUUGUUAAUCUAAGUAGAUGUUGAAUAUAGAUCGCUUUAUUUUCAUUUGCUCUUGCCGAUCGACGUAGUAAGUUUCUACUAGUUGCGUGCGUGGAGUGUUAUCACGACACGACUGAUUUGGAAUCUAUUCUCCAUUGUUUCUACAGCUACGCAGCGAUGCACGACAAUUAUGGCGGCGAUGACCUGAAUGUCCACGAUUACUCGAAGUGUUCGAUACAGGAGCUGAUAGAAAAACAGUAUUGGAAGAGGCAAAACUGGCCCAAUGUUGCCCAGCGAAUUAGCAAUGCGUACAUUCUCGUGUACAUUCGGGAAGACCAGGUCCAGGAAAUGCUGAAACCCCCACCACCCUCACCAGCUCUAGUGGACCGCAUACAACGCGACAUAGAGCAAAAACAGAAGGCCAAAUACGAAGAACAAACAAGGGUACUUGUUGUUCAUCAUAAGGGAGCAUGAUAUAAUUGUUGGUGUUCAUGUAAGUAGUUGAAAUAAGAGUAGUGUCAGCAUAGUCGUUCCUGGAAUAUGUUAUGCUACAAAAUUUUAUAAAAUUCACAGGUUCUCGUCCAAGUAGUUAUGGAGCGUGAUCUUUUAGCGAAGCAGCCAUGCGGAUUCUGGGACACUCAAGAAGGGACAUCGAAUACUCUCCUGGAAUAUUUUGACGCGCCAAAGGAAACCGCUAACAAGGUAAUCUGGCAGAAGUUGCAUGAGGGAGUGAAAGCAUUAUGGAUGGAAAAAGUCAUGAAGUGUCUUUUUUUGAGAGUACGUACAUGUCGCGGUAACCACAAUGAUUACUCAACUCAGAAGAAUUUCAGCAGGACUAAAAUGAAAUCAGAUUUUUGCUCAGCUUCACAAAAAUAGUACUUGUUGUAUUUGUAAUAUAUUGUGACAAAGACAAAAUAUGUACUGGCUAAUAUUGCGCAUAGGGCCAGCGCCAUGGUUCUUCUGCGUACGGCAUCAUGUGCCAACUCUCUUUCAUUUUGAGCCGCGCAGGACCCGAGUACAGGAGUACUUUGCACAGAGGAGCCACUGUUUGCUAUCGAGCAUUUUGCGAUGUUCGUACUCAGAAGGCGAUCAAAUAGGCAGAUUCGGUUCAGCGUUCUUAAGGUCAACCACAGUAUCAAGGAGACGCUAGGAAACGACACGCCAGUAGAAGUCCAUCGGUUCGGCUCGCAGCCUUUAGACACCCACACGCCGAAAAUGACAGUACUGUUGGAGAUUUUGAUUCGCCUGAUGAUUAUGGUAGCUACAACUGCAGCCGCGCUUGCAUUAUUUUCAUGUUUAAUAAGUAUAAAAAGUGGCGUGAUUAUGUCGAUCAACUACAAGAAAGUGAGAGAUAUUAACAGGUCCUUGCACUUGCAUGCAAUGGCUACGAUCCGGAGUCAUUUCUUUGGAAACCAGAGGAGUGGCACUUACACGGGAACGAAAGGGAUGAGAAGCCAAUGCCGAUAUACAAUACGAACGAAGAGGAGCAGUGCACUCUUAUCAUAAAGUAUUUCUGUCCUUAUACGAAAAAUAUCAUGAUGUUGGGCUGCGUCUACACUAGCUACCAGAAGCGGAUAUCUACGCUGCUUCCGUGGGUUAUGCGGCGGCAAAAAGCAAUCGCGGAAAAAUAUCCGACACUCUGCGAGCCCGCGCCACCACAGUGCAGGUGGGGCUGCUUUGAGGAGUUCAGCAACACAGAACUCAAGGAGCUCAAAAUUGACGACGGUAUCACAGUGAUAAUACUUCUAUUUGAUCUACUAGGCACUAGCACCACGAAGCUUCCUAAAGUCUUCCCUGUACAGCUGCUGCCUCCACAACUAGCAAUUUUUUUUAUCCUCUUGCCAUUGUUGUUGAGGAAGAGCUUACUGUGAUAUAUUAUAUUUUAUAAGAUCAUGAAUGUAGUUUACAUCUAUUUGAUCUGCAACGAGUCGCUAAGCAAUGCCAAGAUCGUCUCGUUGUACGCAGAUGACAGUCAUCAUUGAGUCUACUACAAUCGUGUCUCCUGUAGAAGUACCUUGUGCGUCCUCGCCUCUUCAUUACUAGGCAUAAAAGGAGCUGAUCUGUAUACCGGUGACAUUCUGAUUUGGCAACCCCUUGAUGUUGAGUCGGAGCAGCAAGCGCCACUCAGAGACGAACCCCCUUGUAAUACGGUGGAGCAGCUCGCUCAGAAUAUUCAAAACAGAGCCACGGUACUUAUACUAGCUAGCACAGCCGCACUCAUACUAAUAUUACGUCAUCAUCGUCUAUAAUUAUAUUCUGUUGAUAGACAGCAUCGGCUUCGGCGCCAUACACUAUUAUAGUUUGAAAGCGUGGGAUAAUUGACUAAAUUGCAAUUUUUCAUAUUCUUGGUCUACAGUCGUAGUUCCACCAGUUACUGCUUUUCUCUUCGUCUUCACCUCGCAGUUGCGAAUAAUCUUCCACGAUGCGUCUGAGCCUUGGGCCAUCGAUGGGGUUACAGCAGAAGCAUCAAUGUGGAAUGCCGGUGCGAAAGUCGUCGAGGAGGACGAAAAUGGUUCAAAUUCUGAACAAGAUACCUCCAAAAGAUGCCACGAAUUUCAAGUCGAUCUAAGAGCCAAGGUUGCGAAUGUGCUCCAGACGGUAUUUUCGAUGAAAGAAGUUGAUGAAGUGGGCUGAUGUUAUUAUUUCAGUAGGACCUCGGGUUUAAUAUGUUAUGCGUCUAGUAUUUCUUUGAUGAAUUACACGUCCUCCUUAGAAGAUGAAGUAAAUGAUAGAACCUGCUGUAGUAGUUGUACGUAAAUAAAAAUCCCUUGCAAAAAUUUUCGCAGUAACAUCAUUUGGAAUCAAAUCAGAUUGCUACGCAUUUUGGAGUGACCAAUCGAGAUCGGCUUUGGAUUUUCCGACAUGCGCCGGCAGGCAAUUACGAGGAGCCUCUAUCACCGCACAAGAAUAAGGAUGAAGAGGCAAUGACCUUGAAAGAUCUCGGCGGCCUUCCUGUGCCUCGACAGCUUACCCUUCAUGCCGUAGAGCUCCCAGAAUAUCCAAAAUCCCUAUGGAGAAAACAAAUUCACAACCUGCAUGAGGACAUAGUGGCAGCAGACAAAACGGCGAAUUAUCAAGCGGACCCAGCGGGAAAGUCUCUCUCGGUAAAGAUAUUUUAUAACGGGAAGUAAAUCUUCUGCUGGUCAUGGAUGUAAGCAGCUAGUCGUGAUCUGCAUCACCGUGUUCUUUUACAAUGAUCUUUAACGUCAUCUUGGUAUUAAUCAACUUCUACUUCUCACACCAUUGCUGGAUAAUAUUGUGCACUGGAUAGUUCUUUCAUCGUAUCAGAAAAUCGCUGUUAAUAACUUGCCACACUUUCAAAUUCAACUUGAGAAAAUAAAUACGAGGACUUCCUGAUCCUGCUGAACAAUUGUAGCGACCUCCUCCUUGUUCCCAUUAUACCUAUGACAUGGAAAAACUCAGAUCGUGUUGCGAUAUUUCGACGAGCAUGUGGAAGAGAAGGGUAUGGCAGUGCUUCCGGAGUUGCACUACAAUACCACAGCAGCGGAUGCCAUAAGGGCAGGCUUGCAGAAAUUCCUGAACAGAGAACCAUCCCCGGAGGUACACAACUAUCUUUAUCGUGAACAACUCGUUAAAUGAUUCCACAAGAGUAUUCAGAAUUCAGAAUGAUGAUUUCUAGUACUUCUUCAUCCUUGACACUUCAACUUCUGCAACACGGAUGUAAAACUGCCAUUUUCUUUUUAUUUAUCAUGGGAGAGCGACGUAGGACACUUUAAAUAUUUUUCUUCUAGUUGAUAUCAUAACUUUUUACAUCAUAGGACGUGAAGGGACAUCGACUCUGCGUGGUGAGUCUGAAUGGAAAACAGCUAGAUAUAAUACCAGAGGAUGUCGUUAUCCGGGAGAUUGAGAUCGUCCGAAGACCAAACGUCCUAUGGCACUGCCUGAGGUUAGAAAAGGCAGCCGAAAGUAUUCUUAUUUUUUUCUUGAUGGUCUUCUUUCUCAUGCGGUCUACUUAAUCAAAUAAGUUUUCGUGUAUUUGAACCUCGCCACUCAACGAACUAGCGAGUGGGAGUACAACAUUCUUAGUAACAUUAACAUAGAUUAUGAGUAUGUCGUUCCACUUGUUUCUGCAGGUGCGACACCACCAGAUGGGGCUGAUCCUAUGCAAGUUGAUGGUAGCACUACGAAUACUAUGACUAUGGUUACGUGCUACCACGCAGAGCGAAGCAACACGACAAUUCCCUACGGACAUCCGUUCUUCCUCCCGAUCUACGUUACGGAUACGGUAUGAUUAAAGUAUAGGUCCUCGUACUCACACUGGAAGAAGUAGUAGUCGUCGCAAAAAACUCGUUACGUCCUACUUGAGAAUCAGGGUACCUUAUAUAUAUAAUUCCGCCGCCUCCAAUUACUUAUAUAUGUUCCAGGGCGCGGGGCGACGGCCCCCGUCCCCCCCCUAGCGGGGGGGGGCGGGCGCCCUGGACCCCUUUUUGAGGCGUCUGCCGGGGGAGGAAGGCCUCAAAAGGGGGCCAAGGGGCCACCCUCGGCCCCUUCCCGAGCUCCCCUGGAGGUCUGGGAAGUAGGUGGAAGGCCUCAAGGGGAGACCAGGGGGCUCGCUGCCUCCUUCUCGUUUGCAUGUACCCUACAGACUUGAAGGGUUAGAUGGCUACAGACAAAAGGGGCCCACGGGACCGCCUGCGCCCCCGUCCAGGUGCCUGCGUGUGCCCUCAGUGCAUCCGGUAGGCUUCGCCGCCGCAGCAGUGCGCCGGCAGCGGAAGGCCUCCGAAGACGGCAAAAGGCGAGGGGCUGGACCCCCUGAGCCGUGCCGCCUGUACCCUCCGGGCCCUUGGUCAUCGGCUUGCUUGCUCUUGCGACCGUGGCCCUUAGGAACACGCUGAGAGGCCCAAGGGGAGGCCCGCGCCAAGUUUUGACGCCUUCCACCACUAGAAUCCGCGAAAAAUCCGCGCGGAAAAGCGCGCGGGGGCGCUGCCACAGACCAGACCACAGGGGGGGGAGGGGGGGCCGUUCGGCCCUGAGUCAUAUAUCAGAGUAGUUUAUAGCACGCAUGGAGUGCAUGGAGCGCAUGGGCCGCAGAGCUUUAAGGGGCGCAAGAAGCUCCCCCUUUAGCUCCAUGCUACUCCAUGUGAUCCAUGCACUCCAUGCCAUGCGAGCUGUGAAACCUUAUAAAUUGCUCUGAUAUAUAUAUAUUAUAACCAUGAGAAGUCAUCGAGGUGCAAAAUACUUAGUAGAGGAACAUAUAGCACAGUUGCGGAAUUCUCUCACCUGCUCUUCCACAGCCACUCAAAUUCAUCCAGGUUCCAGCGAUAAAGCAGAGAGUGAAGGAUAAACUCCGAGUUCCAGAGCGUGAGUUCAAGCAAUGGAGACUUGGUAAGGUGUUGCCGCCCCCUUCUGAGAGCCUGCUGUACGAGCAUGCACAGCGCAAUUUGCUGCGAGAUGAAGACUCGGUCCUUGAAAACUUCUUUUUAUGAACCCAACUAACACCAAAUACUUCUAAGCCGCUGCAAUCAUUAAAAGCAAGGAAAUACGCUAGCAAUUAGUUAUUGCGCUCCGUGAUCAUGGAUGUAAGCACGCAGAAAGCAAAGGAAUACGCCAGGGCUAGCAGCAAACAUGAAAAAUCCUCCAAACAGCCCUCCCCUUCCUUUACCUCCACAAAUUCCUAUUCGUUUAAGAUUCAAUGAACUAGUUUAGGGGUGAUAGAGUUUGUUGGUUUGUUUUGAUGCGCUCCGGGCGCCGUGUACGAUCCCGCCGGAUUUCUUUUUGCUCUGUGUGUGUUAUGCUAUGGCCGUCAUUGCGAUCGACUAUGGUGCGCCUAGUCAGCACAGUCUUCGCCAGCUGCAGCUUUUAUGGCAUGUCGGGCGCGGUGUGCAGGCGGCGGCGACUGUGCGGAGGUAGCGCCUGGCGGUGAGGCGCGGCCGGGUUUGGUUGACGUCUUUGCGACCUGCGUGCUCCGUUCUUCGCGUUCUCGUUCUGCCUUCGUUCUCUUACUCUUUGUCUUUGCGUGCUAACUUUCUUGUCUCCUCCUUGCUCGUUCUUUGUUCGCCACCACGCACCUACCUCGGCCCCCGUCCUAUCGUAGCGGGCAGCGAUGGGCUUACCACAGCGGCCGCUGCUCGUUUCCCCUUGUCUUCACUGGAGGCGUGGCGGCUGCGCUCGCAAGAACGCACCGCUGAAGUUGGUCGCCAAGUCGCGCAGGUAUGGGAUGAGCUGCUUCGGGUUCGACGCAGCCGCCCCAACAGUCGCCGGAAUACCGUGGGUCUCUGCUAGUGCUUGGAGGGCGGGGCACUUUGGUAGGUGCUGCGUGCUUGCCGCAAGGCCAGGGCAAAACGGGCAGCCAACGUCACCCCCGGUGACUCCGCUCGCCAAGCGUCUCAGUCUGAAUGCGUAGGAUCUCCGCUCGCCCUCCCGCGAGCAUGCUACGCCCCGCAAGAGGUCCUUGGCCUUGCGGCAGUUGCCUGUGUCUGUCACGGUCUUGGCCGUCUUGCUCCCUGUGCGCGCUGCUCCGCUUAUCUGGCGCGACUUGGGUGAGAGAGUUACCUUGACGCGCUACAAUCUAGUCCUCCUCCUCUCAUCAUUACUUUUACUGCGCCCCGUUGAACUGAAGAUGAUCAUAAAUAGAAGUUUGCAUGCUAAGUCGAUGAUCAUGGUGUCGGAUACGAGAUGAAAGUACGAAAGUACAAGUUGUAGUGCUCUAUUUCUGUUCACUUAUUUUCGACGCUUCUAAUCUCUCCUCCGGUACCGGAAGGCAGACGAGCUCCAGGGCCGCGGAAGAUCUGCAUCGAGCACGCGCAUCCUCCAGGUCAGAACCAGCAUAGGGGCCGGCAUAACCCGAAGGCCCGCGGAGCGCUCACAAUCAGAUAAACUCCUAUGGAAAGGAACAAGGCUCUUAUGGUGGACGGGAGCUACUUACAACUGUCCCAGCGUGGGCACAGUUCUACAACUUGGCGUCAGAUACAUUUUUGUUGAUCUUGAUUGAUACGAAUCGCAACAAGAUGAAAACGAUUUUUUUUACCUUGAUGUCUUGGUGUUGCGUCGGGGCAGAUACGGUUUCCACCUGUAGAUUCUGAUAGGUUGAGAACCAGGUGGAGGAUGCGGUUACUGCUGUGACGCACAUUCACCACAGGGAGGACUAGUUGUAUGACUUCUGGCAAAAUCGAUAUGAAUAAAGUGAUUUGUAAUAAUUUGUAUAUUCAGCCUCUUGGAAUCAUCAGCCUCGAGAAGUGCUGGCACUGUGCGAAAAACCCACGCGAAUAUUCGCAGGCUAUUGGUUUAAGAGUUCGAUCUCACGUGUUUCACUUUGUGACAUUAUUUUUAUGUGUCACACGCUACCACUACCUCCUGAAUCAGAAUCGAUGUCCGAGGUGGUAAAGUUUUUUAUCGAGGUUCUCUGUCUCGCCUCUAUUUGAACGUAUGUCUAUACGUCUACGGCCAUGUGGUCAACAACGACAACGACAGAGAUGAAAUGUCGGGAUAAUGAUUAUGCCGCUGAAGUUGUGGUCAGCGUUGUUAAUCAACCCUUGUCACCACGUUGUGAACGUGUAUCAUGCUGACAAGAUGAUUAUCUACAUGCUUAUUUAUCUUUUGUUGCAUCAUUUCCUACGUUUACUAAUAUUGCUGGUCAAAUAAACGUAACCUGUCAAUUUUGACGCGGCACAUUCAUAUCAAAUAUAAUACUACCACUUACCGUAAGUCCUAUUCAGAAUGAUCGGUAUUCGUUGAUUAGACUUUUUCAUUUCCGGCACGGGUACGUGUUUAUCUUCAUCUUCAAGAGCAAUAAUACCGGAAAAAAUAACAUAGGGGUAAAAGUGAAAGAUGGGGGUGCAUCUGCAUAAAAUCAAACCUCAAAGCAAGGAUUAAUAUGUAAUUCUAGUCGCGCUCAUGCUUGUCAAUAAUAAGCAGAUGAAAAAAGGUUAAUGUGCUUGGGAUCGAAUAAAUUUAGUUUUUUUUUUCGCAACAGAAAUGAGAUAAUGUAUUCAGUGAACAAGACCUUCAAGAAUAGCUAGUUACUAGAUCGACUGCUUGUCGUCUUGUUGUUUGUACGUCAUCCGUCCCUGAAUCUCCUGCCAGUUUAUGUACAUGGAUCCACGUGAAUACUGAGAAGGGAGAAACUUCCCGGAAUCUUCCCAGAAUCUUCCCGGAUGAAUCUAUCCCGUCUUCUCGCUAGCAAUGGCCUCGGAAUCUUUCCAGAAACUUACCCCAGUCACGACUGGGAAACUUUCUGGAAACUUCCCAGAACCUUCUCAGAAUCUUCCCAGAAACUUCCGAAAAGUCACAAAAGUAGCGAAGUUUCUGGAAAGUUUCCGCGAAGUUGCUGCCUUCGGGAUUCACGUGGCUGGAUGUUUCUAACCAGUUCCCCUCUAUAUAUAUAAAUACCUGCUCAUCCGCCUCAACUCAGCCGGCGCACUUUGACAAAAGCUAGCCACUUACGAGAACCGCAUGUCAGAUGAUGGGCAUUCCAACCCAGCAUCCAGUUUUUGUAAUGGGCCGACCCCAACACCAACAAGCUCAUCGAGUUUAUUUCUCAAGCAGGCGACAUUGACACGCAGCUUCUACAAGUUCCGACCAUUCUAUAGGUCGCGCACGCUGCUGCGUUUGUGGGGCGGCGUACUUCCUCUCUCAUCCUUUUUAUUGUGGAGGAAUAGGAAUACUAUUACUCGUCUCAUGUACCUCAUCCAUGAUCAGACAGGAAAGAAAAAAAGAUGACAAAAUCAAAUUUUCUACUAGCGAGUCGUAGAAGAAGGUCCAGAAGCACGGUUUGGAUGCGACUGAUUAGUCGUUAAUGGACAACUACAACAGCUGGUUCUAGUAGCGAGUCUCUAUGAUGAUGAUCUUGUACAACUCCCGUCUAAAAAAGAGCCUUUGAGAGAGCAAGAAUGUCGCAACCAACGAGGAAAAUCUGGGUCUUCUUGUAAUAAAGAUGAUUGUACUUCUAAUGACAAUGACUGAGAAGUGCUGUGACUCAAGACGAGUUAUCGAGGAUGAAGAACGAGC